UCUAAAAAUAAAAAGACAAAUUAUACCCUUCCUCUCGGAGCAGCACAUAGCGUAACAAUAGCCAGAGUGAAAAGCUGAUUGAAGCAUCAUCGAGUUUAACCUUCCAAUGCGCAUGUGCACCCCCAAUUGACCCUCUCGGCGAUGGAUUGAUCUUGAACUAUUUAUAAAGAAAAUCAAGAUGGCGACUUUCGCAUUAGAGCUAACAUGUUUAUUCUUUUAAAUGUCAACAGUAACAUUAUUAACCAGUUGUUUCUCUAAUACAAUUGGAUUUAAUGCAUCAUGAGGACGAGGAGCACAAUUUGAACCUGGAACUAACCGGAAAAAGCCCCUGAACAGAGCCAGCGGGAUGUGUGAGAGCUACUCCCGGUCGCUGCUGCGGGUGUCGGUGGCGCAAAUCUGCCAGGCUCUCGGCUGGGACUCGGUGCAGCUCACCGCCUGCGAUCUCCUGACCGAUGUCCUGCACAGGUAUAUCCAGCAGCUGGCCAGGGGCUGCCAUCGAUACUCCGAGCUCUAUGGCCGAACGGACCCCAUGUUAGAUGAUGUGGGACCAGCAUUCAAACUGAUGGGAGUGAACCUAAGUGAACUUGAAGAUUAUGUCCACAAUCUUGAACCAGUUGGCUUUGCACAUCAGAUCCCAUUGUUCCCUGUUAGCAAGAACAACAUCCUGCAGUUUCCCCAGCCAGGUACCCAGGAUGCUGAGGAGAGGAAGGAGUACAUUCCUGAUUAUAUGCCACCAAUCGUAUCCUCACAAGAAGAAGAGGAAGAGGAGCAGGUUCCUACAGAUGGUGGCACCUCAGCAGAAGCCAUGCAGGUUCCUCUUGAAGAAGAGGAAGAAAUGGAAGAGGAAGAGGAUGUCAAUGAUGAGAACUUUUUGGGCAAGAGACCUUUGGGAAGUCCUGACUCCAUGGAAAUGCCAGUCAUGAAGAGACCACGAUAUGCAGGUCUCAAAACAGAAAGCCCAGAAGGGGGGAUGGAACCAAGAGAGCCUCUUAUAUCCAUCAACCCACAAAAGGUGCCACCCAUGCACUCUCCUGUAAAUACACAUGAUAGUUCCGGGUCUUUGUCUAGAUCCCCUGAGCCCCUGGUUUUGGCACCACCCUCUAAAACACAAAUGCCUACCCCGAAAACAGACUCUAAGCAUGGUAUUCCUAGAGCAAAACCAAAAAUAACUUCGCCCGGACAAAAAGCUAAAUCCCCUAAGGGGUCUAAUUUGACUUCUGCUACUGGAAGUCCUAUACGAUCUCCAAAAUCUGGACCUAAAGAGAAAAAAUCACCAGGGCGAACUAAAAGCCCCAAAAGUCCCAAGGUUUCGUCGCAUUCCGCAGAGAAGGUGGACACCCCAACAAGAACACCUUUAGCAGCACUGAGUGAAAAGAUGGGAAAAGAAAAUAUACAUUCAAAGCAAGGGCAAGCAACAUGUGAGACAGAGAAGCAAACUACCGAUAAUCAGUUAAAGACAUUUUCUGUGGCUGAUAACACAAUUGAUGACUCUAUUGAUGCAGUGAUUGCCUGGGCUUGUGCAGAGAGGGAACCUGACCCAUUCGCAUUUUCAUCGGGGUCUGAAUCGGAGGGGGAAAUCCUUACAAGUCCUAGACGACUUACGAUUUCUGAGCCAACGACUCCCAAGUUGAUGCUAAGCACAAAUAGCAUCAGUAAGGGUAAUUCAACUCCUGUUCCAUCUAGUUCAGAUAACUCCUGGACAAUGGAUGAUUCAAUUAAUGAGGUCAUCAGAAAAGUAAACUUGGGCACUCCUUCAAGUGUACCUUCCAAUCCUCCAUAUUUAUCCUCGCCCUCUGCUUCACCACCAACUCCAGAACCACUUCUCAAGGUCUAUGAGGAAAAGACAAAGCUGGCUGCUUCAGCGGAUGUGAAGAGAAAACUGAAAAAAGAACUGAAGACCAAAAUGAAGAAGAAGGAAAAGGAAAAACAGAAAGAGAAGGAUAAGGACAGGGAUAAAGAAAAAAGUAAGGAGAAAAACAAGGAGAAAACCAAGGAGAAAGAUAAAGACAAGGAUAAAGAAUCCAAUAAGGAGGCCAAGAUACAAUGGAAGGACUUCAUCAAAGAGGAGGACCAUGAACCUAUCAAAUUCAAACUCAAGGACUUUGAAGAGGUGGACACCAAGGCUAAAUCAAAAGAAGGUGGUUCAAAAAAGGACAAAGAGAAACGCAAGGAUAAGAAGAAAGAUAAAGAAAAGAGUAAAAAGGAUAAGGAGAAGAAAGAGAAGGGAAAAGAUAAAGUUAAGUUGGAGAAGCUGAAGAUUCCUUCAGUGCCUCUCCUAAUGUCUCUUAAGGAGACCUCAUUGCCACUGUUCAGCACCCCUACCAGUGUUAGGCUGUCAUCCAUGUUGCCUUCAUUGUCAUCUAUGCUCCCUGAAAAACUGUUUGAGGAAAAGGAAAAACCUAAAGAUAGGGAGAAGAAGAAAGAGAAAAAGGAAAAGAAGAAAAAGAAAGAGAAAGAAAAGGACAAAGACAAGGAAAAGGAGAAAGUGAAAGAGAAGGAAAAGGAAAAGAAGGAGAAGGAGAAGGAGAAGGAGAAGAAGGAAAAGGAGAAAGAAAAGCACAAGCAUGAAAAGAUAAAGACGGAACCUUCUAUUACAGCUCUGACUCCUGUUAUCCCCAGGCUGACUCUAAGGGUUGGGGCUGGCCAGGACAAGAUUGUCAUCAGCAAAGUGGUUUCUACCCCAGAGGUUAAGACCCCAGUUCCUAAGACUCCAGUCCCUAAGACCCCUGUUACUGUCAGUCGUCCCAAGACCCCGCCACCACCCCCACCCCCUGUCCCGGCUCCAUUUCACACAGCUACCCCUCCUGCUCCGGCCCUCCAACCACCCCCACCACCACCCCCAGCAGCUGCAUCACCAGCCGCGGUGCCACCCCCCUUACCUGCAGUGCCAGCAGCAGGCUCCUCCAAAACACCUGUCAGGAGUGUGGUGACAGAAACAGUCAGUACCUACGUGAUCCGGGAUGAAUGGGGUAAUCAGAUCUGGAUCUGCCCUGGCUGUAACAAGGCUGAUGACGGUAGCCCAAUGAUUGGCUGUGAUGGCUGCGAUGACUGGUAUCACUGGCCUUGUGUUUCGAUCACAGCAGCUCCCCCAGAAGAAGUUCAAUGGUAUUGUCCUAAAUGUGCCAACAAGAAAAAAGACAAAAAACACAAGAAGAGGAAGCACAAAGCACAUUGAAUUCCUUGUAAAGAACUGUGUUUGUAAGAGUCUCUGAGCCACUUCAUCCCCUAUCGAACUUUUCCCUGAACUGCAAAGAUCUUUGUAUGAAUUGCAAAGUGGUUUCACACCUGACUUGGACUGUAUUCCAUAGAGCACUGCAGAGCACUGAAGGGUAGUAGCUCUGUGAAGACACUGAAUUGUCCUGGGUUAAUACUUACUCUACAUGAAAAUAGCACACCCAAUAAGUUUGUUUGUUUUUGUAUUUUUUUUUGUUUUGUUUUUUUAGCAGGAAAAAAAAAAACUCUCUCUCUCUCUCGCUCUCUCUCACAUCAAAAGAAACUUAUCACUUAUAGAGCAGGUGCAGUGACUUUUUAUUGUGCUGAUUAACAAUUGAUAUCACGAAGAUGCUGCAAAAUGGUCUAUCGAUCUUGGGUAAGUGUUGUGACUCGUGGUCUCCCAGUUCGUGCGUUGUCCUUGACAGAGUGUGUCUGGUUAUACCGUCUCGCCAGGUUUGAAAUUGCUGGCUGUGAGCACCCACAACGGCGAGCCACAGUAUGCUGCCCUAGUCCAGCAUCCAGCAUGCAGAUUGCACGAAGGCGCUGCUCUCUUGACAGACGUGGCAUAUUGCUUUUUUUCUGUGAUUUUCUUUAUUGCUUUUAUUCAAGCUUGCAAUUCAACAGCUGAAAUCACUCCAUAUCCAGUGUCCAAUCAACUGCCUCACUAAUUAGGUGAUUAAGUGCAUAUGCUUCAGUCACAGUCACUCAAGGGUGUCAUGGUCAAGGAUGAAUGAUCGAGUGAUUAAAAAGAAACCAAUAACAUUUUGUCAAUGUCCAUCAUUUAUAGUACCUUAUUUUAUGUGUUAUAAUAGUGAUAAGUUCCUAUUGAUGCUCGUGUGUCUGUGUGUGUGUGUGAGUGUGUGUGUGUGUGUGUGUGUAAUAUAUAUAUAUAUACAUUCUGUGCUUUUAUAAGCAGUCUGCACAUAUGCGGUUAUGUUAGUUUUCUAGAGUGUAGUUGUUAACAUUUCACUAGCUUUUGUGAAAGUGCUGUGUAUAAUGGUUUUCCUACUGCAUUGAAAGUGGUCCCAUUAUGUAAAACUUACACAUUUUCUAAAGCUGAAUACUCCUGAAAAACUAAUGGAUCUCCUGGAUAAAAUCAAGCAGCCCAUUUUACACCAGUUGAGUGACUAAUCUAUAUCAAAAAGGAUAUUCUGGACCAUUUAAUUGCUAUUAUAUAUUGUAUAUAUAUAUAUAUAUAUAUAUAUAUAUAUAUAUAUAUAUAUAUAUAUAUAUAUACACAUACAUACACAGUAUCUCUCUCUCUCUCUCUCUCUCUCUAUAUAUAUAUAUAUGUGUGUGUGUGUGUGUGUAUAUAUAUAUAUAUAUAUAUAUAUAUAUAUAUAUAUAUAUAAUAUGUGUGUAUAUAUAGAGAGAUUUUUUUGCAACAAAUGUUAUGUAAUCUGUAAAAAAAAAACAAUAUUCACACACACACACACACACACACACACACACAUCUAAACUCUAGACCCAAGUGUGAUCUGUUUUUAAUUGUUGGGGUUUUUUAUUAGAUUUUUUUUCUUCUUUUUUUCCCAGAUGUUCAUUUUUAUUAGUGAAACUAAUUUUGUGUAAUUAUUGUAUAUUUUUUUUAAAUGAAAGUUUCUACUGUUUAUUUUUUGCUACAUGGAUUCUCCUUAUUGUAGUUAUGCUUGUAAUGUAUUUUAUUUCCGUGACUUUUCCUAUUAAAGAUGUAAUGCUCCCUCCAAUAAGAA